AUGAUUGAUCAGUAUAAACAUCAACACCUUCGAAUUGGAUCAGUUUCUCCUGAACAAAUAAGUGCUUGGGCAAAAAAAAUCCUACCUAAUGGAGAAAUUGUUGGAGAGGUAACAAAACCCUAUACUCUUCAUUACAAAACCAAUAAGCCUGAAAAAGAUGGAUUAUUUUGUGAACGAAUUUUUGGGCCUAUAAAAAGUGGGAUUUGUGCUUGUGGAAAUUAUCGAGUAAUCGGAGAUAAAAAAGACCAACCCAAAUUUUGUGAACAAUGCGGAGUAGAAUUUGUUGAUUCUCGGGUACGUAGGUAUCAAAUGGGGUAUAUAAAACUAGCAUGUCCAGUAACCCAUGUAUGGUAUUUGAAACGUCUUCCUAGUUAUAUUGCGAGCCUUUUAGAUAAACCUCUUAAAGAAUUAGAAGGUCUAGUAUACUGCGAUGUUUCGUUUGCUAGGCCCGUAGUUAAAAAACCUACUUUCUUACGAUUACGAGGUUCAUUCGAAUACGAAAUCCAAUCUUGGAAAUACAGUAUCCCACUCUUUUUUGCUACUCAAGGUUUCGAUACAUUUCGAAAUAGAGAAAUUUCUAGUGGAGCAGGUGCUAUACGAGAACAAUUAGUUGAUUUGGAUUUAAGAAUUAUUAUGGAUUCUUCGUUGGUAGAAUGGAAAGAAUUAGGAGAAGAGGGAUCCGCCGACAAUGAAAAUGAAAAUGAAUGGGAAGAUCGAAAAGUAGGAAGAAGAAAGAAUUUUUUGGUUCGACGCAUGGAAUUAGUUAAGCACUUUAUCCGAACAAAUAUAGAACCAGAAUGGAUGGUUUUAUCUCUCUUACCAGUUCUUCCUCCCGAAUUGAGACCAAUUAUUCAAAUAGAUGGAGGGAAACUAAUGAGUUCGGAUAUUAAUGAACUCUAUAGAAGAGUUAUCUAUCGGAACAAUACUCUUAUUGACCUAUUAACAACAAGUAGAUCUACACCAGGGGAAUUAGUAAUGUGUCAAGAAAAAUUGGUACAAGAAGCCGUGGAUACACUCCUUGAUAAUGGAAUCCGCGGACAACCAAUGAGGGACGGUCAUAAUAAAGUUUACAAAUCGUUUUCAGAUAUAAUUGAGGGCAAAGAGGGAAGAUUUCGAGAGACUCUGCUUGGAAAACGAGUUGAUUAUUCGGGGCGUUCUGUUAUUGUCGUAGGUCCAUCACUUUCAUUACAUCGAUGUGGAUUGCCCCGCGAAAUAGCAAUAGAGCUAUUUCAGACAUUUCUAAUUCGUGGUUUAAUUCGAAAACAUUUUGCUUCGAACAUAGGAGUUGCUAAGAGUAAAAUACGGGAAAAAGAACCGAUUGUAUGGGAAAUACUUCAAGAAGUUAUGCGGGGGCAUCCAGUAUUGCUGAAUAGAGCGCCUACUUUGCAUAGAUUGGGCAUACAGGCAUUUCAACCUAUUUUAGUAGAAGGACGUGCUAUUUGUUUACAUCCAUUAGUGUGUAAGGGAUUCAAUGCAGACUUUGAUGGGGAUCAAAUGGCUGUUCAUGUGCCUUUAUCUUUGGAGGCUCAAGCAGAAGCUCGUUUACUUAUGUUUUCUCAUACAAACCUCUUGUCUCCGGCUAUUGGGGAUCCCAUUUCCGUACCAACUCAAGAUAUGCUUAUAGGACUUUACGUAUUAACUAGCGGAAAUCGUCGAGGUAUUUGUGCAAACAGGUAUAAUCCGUUUAAUUGCCGAAAUUCUAAAAAUGAAAAAAUUAGCAAUAAUAACUCUAAGUAUAUGAAAAAAAAAGAACCCUUUUUUUGCAAUUCCUAUGAUGCAAUUGGAGCUUAUCGACAGAAAAGAAUAAAUUUAGAUAGUCCUUUUUGGCUCCGGUGGCGAAUAGAUCAAUGCAUUAUGUCUUCAAGAGAAGUUCCUAUCGAAGUUCACUAUGAAUCUUUUGGUACCUAUUAUGAAAUUUAUGGGCAUUAUUUAGUAAUAAGAAGUAUAAAAAAAGAAAUUCGUUGUAUAUACAUUAGAACCACUGUUGGUCAUAUUUCUUUUUAUCGAGAAAUUGAAGAAGCUAUACAAGGUUUUUCUCGAGCCUAUUCAUAUGGUAUCUAA